AUGGUGACAACGUUUCUGCUCUCUCUGUGGCUGCUGAGCCUUCAGGGUUGCCAUGGGAAAGGGGAUAUCCCACAGGAGUUCAUGCUUCUUGCUGGCCCUUUGACCCACAGUUUAGUAAAAGACUUGACCUUAAUUCCCUCUGCAAGCCAGACAUUCCCAUCUGAGGAGACUCAUGAUGUCUUUGACUGCAGCCAUGCACUGCCCUCAAAGCUUAGAGACCACUUCCAGUAUCUGCAGAGUCGGGGGGUGACGCACUACAAGGUGCCCCUCUCCUGGUCCCACAUCCUCCCCACAGGAGACUCCAGUCGGCCCAAUCGGGACACAGUGAGGUGCUACAGGACCCUUCUGGAGCAGCUGACUGAAUCAGGCCUGCAGCCCCUGGUGGUCUUACACCGCUCAGCUGUUCCAGAGGGACUCAGGGCUACACUUGGGGACUGGGACAGUCCUGAACUGCCAGAGGCCUUUGAGCGUUAUGCAGAAUUUGUGUUUGCAGAGUUCGGAGACUCAGUCAAGUACUGGAUCACAUUCAGCCAUCUAGAUGAGCUGAGUAGUGAUGAAGAUAAGGCCCUUUCUGCAUCUGCCCUGCAAGGUGCCCUCCAUGCCCAUGAUAGAGUGUAUCAACUCUAUCAUCGUAUGGUCUCUGUAAAAGGUGGCCAGCUGUCUUUUGGAGCAAUAGCAAAAUGUUAUGACAGUAGAAGCAUACACAUGAGAAAGAUGGACUUUGUGACGGUGCUCACUGAAUAUGACUGCUCUUUGCAAAGAAGUCUGGAAGAGGAACUGAGACACGUUCAAGACACAGAGGUAUUUCUUGACUAG